AAAUCGGGAUUCAGAAAAUUUCUGUUUAUGUGAAGUGCGAAGUACUUAUGAUCGGAUCUAAUAACAGUUUAGCUAUAAACUAAUCAUAUAUUUCAACAAUCAAAAGCUGAGUUUGGAAUAAACAUAUGUUUGUAAAGGUCAUGUUAGGUUCUCAAAUUUUUGCUGCAAAACAAAUUUCUGGUCCUUAAGAAACUGUGCAGAAUGCCAUUAUAGAAUAAAGUUGUACCUGCAUGUUAUGUGUAUGUAGGAGUGACUUAUCUAUAAUAUUGGCAUUGCCGUAAGGUACAGCUAACGAAAACCGUGACUAUUUCCUUCCCGUAUGGCUGCUUAUGUUAAUCGAACAAUGUCGAUGAUGGCCGGCGAUGGGCCCCACAAUGUUGCAAUGAACAAUGGCACAAUGCGUGUAAAUGUGGGUAAUGUGGAUUCACCUCUGCAGAUAUUUGUGAGAGCUAAGAAGAAGAUCAAUGACAUAUUUAUUGAAAUUGAUGAUUAUGUCAAGGAUGCGGUCACAUUCAUGCAUGCAGUCUCAGGAGAGAAUGGAAUUGCAACACCUCAAGAUGUUGCAAAUGUUGAAGCAUAUGUCAGUAAAGUUGAAGCUAUACGGGAAGUACUCAAACGGGACCACAUGAAAGUUGCAUUUUUUGGAAGAACCAGUAACGGCAAAAGUACAGUGAUAAAUGCAAUGUUGCAUGAUAAAAUCUUACCCAGUGGUAUCGGUCACACAACCAACUGCUUCCUACAAGUCGAGGGCUCAGAUACAGAUGAGGCAUUUCUGAAGACUGAGGACUCAGAGGAAAAGCAUAAUGUCCAGUCGGUCAGUCAACUGGGCCACGCGUUGUGCACUACACGUCUCCAAGAGUCAUCGUUGGUCCAUAUCUAUUGGCCGAGGGAGCUUUGCGCAUUACUCCGGGAUGACGUAGUGCUCGUGGACAGCCCUGGGGUGGACGUGUCCCCCAAUUUAGAUGAAUGGAUCGAUAAAUACUGUCUGGAUGCUGACGUGUUUGUGCUCGUGGCGAACGCAGAGUCGACACUUAUGCUCACCGAAAAGAACUUUUUCCAUAAAGUAUCGACUAAAAUAUCUCAACCCAAUAUAUUUAUAUUGAACAACCGAUGGGACGCUUCAGCUUCAGAACCGGAAUUCUUGGAUCAGGUGCGAAGUCAGCACGCCAAUCGUUGCGUGGACUUCCUUUCUCGCGAAUUAAGGGUCUGUUCUCCAAAAGAGGCUGAAGAAAGGAUUUUCUUCAUCUCCGCCAAGGAGGCUUUACUCACCCGCAUGAAGGAGAGAGAAAAACCUGUCUCUUCCCCAAUCUUAGUCGACGGCCAUCAAGUGCGGUACUUUGAAUUUGUGGACUUUGAGCGUAAGUUCGAAGAAUGCAUCAGUCAAAGUGCGGUUCAGACGAAGUUCGCGCAGCAUUCGCGACGAGGAAAAAAUAUCGCCGCUGACGUCAUGGCUGCUUUGGAGCAGAUCUACAACACUGCGUGCAAUAUGAAAGCGACGAAAGUGGAAAAGCAAAGGAUAUUGCAAGAACAGCUGACCUGUAUCGAGGAGCAACUCACUUCUAUCACUCGGCAGAUGAAAGAUAAAAUUGGAAAAAUGGUGGAAAGCGUUGAACACAAGGUAUCGCUAACGCUGAGCCAAGAGAUCCGUCGCCUAUCGGCGUUGGUCGACGAAUAUGACACGCCCUUCCGCACGGAGCGAGCUGCCUUGGAGCAGUACAAAAGAUCCCUGCACAGACACGUGGAAUCCGGGCUGGGCUCGCGGCUGAAGAAGAGACUCUCUUCUGAUAUCGGACAUGAGAUGGAUGAAGCGCAGAAGGAAAUGGCUGAUGGUAUGUACAACAUUCUGCCAAUCCACAAACGAGCAGCCGCCGCGAGCGUCAUAAUGCCUCACCAGCAACCGUUCGAGGUUCUCUACCGCCUUAAUUGCGACAAUCUCUGCGCCGAUUUCCAAGAAGACCUGACUUUUCGAUUUUCUUACGGUAUCACGGCCAUCAUACAGAGAUUCCAGGGGAAGAAUACGAACAAAAUCGCCUUGAAGAAUCCUCCCCAAUAUACACCAAUGCCUCCAACAAUCGGUCCACCCGCUCCCAGUGGGGAGUUAUCGCGGAUGGGCAACGGUGGUUCGGUGGUGGGACCUCUUAGCGCUGAAGAGUGGUCCAUGAUAUCCAAGUUCGCCCUCGGAGCACUCACUUCACAAGGCACUAUGGGAGGACUAUUGCUCUCUGGAUUGUUACUAAAAACGGUCGGUUGGCGCGUAGUAGUGGUGACGGGCGCGAUAUACGGCGCGUUGUACGCGUACGAGCGUCUCACUUGGACGGCCAAGGCUCAAGAGAGAUUGUUCAAGAAACAGUACGUGGCGCACGCUGGGAAGAAAUUGCGGCUUAUUGUGGACCUCACUUCAGCUAAUUGCAGCCAUCAAGUGCAGCAAGAACUGUCAACGAUGUUCGCGCGGCUCUGUCGUUUAAUCGAUGAGGCGACAACCGAAAUGGACUCGGAGCUGAUGGAGGUCCGCGAAGUCAUUAAAAUGCUGGACGACGCCUCCACUUCAGCCAAAAAGCUACGAAACAAAGCUAAUUAUCUCUCGCACGAGCUGGAGCUGUUUGAUGACGCCUUUCUUAAGUCUAACUAGGAUAGUAAGAGAAUGGUGAAGGAAGAUAUACUCGGGUUGCAUUUCCCUGUAAUGGAACACUGAUUGUGACGUCACAAGAAAAAUCGAUGUUAAGGAAUAAAAUCGGUUCUCAUUAUUAUUAAUUUAAAAAAAACAAAUUUCAACAAUGUUUUUUUAAUUUUUGAGUGUUGACUUAGAACGGAGGGUCCCUCCCUCAUAAAAGAGGAUACAACUUCUUAAAAGGCCGGCUACGCACUCGCGAUCGUUGAAGCCCUCUGGCAUUGAGUGUCUAAGAGAACCACUUGACAUCAGGUGAGCCUCUUGCCCGUCUGCCUUUGUUAUAAAAAUAUUUGUUAUUAAUUCUGUACUGUUACAAAAUUUUACUGUUCUCUUUGUAUUAAAAUGAAUAAAUCAGUGUUCUUUGUAGGUUUAGUCUAAUUCACCUGACGAGGGACAAUAUCAGCCCCUCGUUUAGGCUUAGGCUGCACUGUGGAUAAACCGCUUAAUAAUACGUGUGAUCCAAUAAUACGGUCUAAUAACAUAUAAUUUUUCCAAACAUAUCGGCUAAGCUCGUUCGCGCAAACGUGUCAUAAGACAAAACAAACGUGACGUUCGCUUUCGAAUAGUAAAGAAACGGAGAAGCUUUGUUCUGUCGAUGAUUAUCGUAGUCCAAUAAGACAAAAACACGAGAGAAGGCAAGCGAGCUUCGUUAAUUCUGAGCUCGUAUGAAAAAUUUAAAAGCGCUCCGUGGACGUAUUUUGAACUAAACGGAUGUGCGACGUUCAAUACGUGUAGUAAACUACACAAAUUAUUCGGAAAUAGUUUUAACUGCUAAAGACACAAUUGCGUAUGCUUCAACUAGCGAAAGUCGUCACACUUAGAAAACCGCAUUUUUCUGUCAAAAACUUGUAUGGUUUUCCAUUUUUUUGACUAGUAUCAUAAUAAUCGCGCGGUUUUAAACCGCUGCGGUCUCGUCGCAGUGCGGUCUAAGCAUUAGUGGUGAGUGCACCGAUUCGGUAAGAGUAUAGACCGAGAGCCGAAGCUGGAUUAAUGUAAUAUUUAUUUAAAAAGCACAAGAGCCGGUGACCGAUUUCAUUAAAUGAUUACGUAAAUAUAUUUUUUUAAUAAUCAGGCUUACAAAUAUAAUCUACAUAUACCAUUUAUUGUAUUGUGAGUUUGAUACAGUAUUAAACGUAGAUAUAAUUCAUUAGUCUUUAAAAAAACACUCAAGUAUUCAAGAAAAUUUAUUAUUUAUGAACGCGGGCAUAAAGAUUUUUAGGUAAUUUUAGGACCACCAAAAAUGCAAAUAGAAAACAUUAAAAGUACUAGAAUAUGUAUAUUUUCUUGCGUAACAGGAAGACAGGCUUUUUACAAAAACGCUGCAAGCUUGUUAACGCAAGUGAAACCGCAUGGAACUACUAGAAUUGAAAUAAAGUUGUUUAUGUACUUUAUUAAACUCAUGACGGACAAAUUCAAAAAUAUAUAGUUUAAAUGAAAUGGUCACGCACUCGUGUCUUUACUGUAUAGUUCGUGUAAAUUGUUAUUUAUGCCGCUUUGUAGUGAAUCAAGUGUUGGUAUGUUUGUCGUAUGAAUUAUGUUAUUUUGUGUUCAAGAAACGCAUGGAAAUAUUGUUCCAAUGCUUUUUCUUAAUUUUCUAAUUCAGCUAUGUUAAGAAGUUAUUGUUUCUUUAUCCCCUUACCUCCACUUAAAGUGUUUUAACAUACGUCUCCUACGGCAAAGAAAGGUAUUCAAAAGGAAAGUAAUCGUUUGUAAUAAUUACAUUUUCCUUGCGCUUCUAUUGGUGCUGUAUACCACACGUGAGGUCGCAGGCUAAUGAGGUUUUAGCUUGACUUUAGUUAAAUCUAAGGCGUUUCUGAAUACAUAGCAUUUUGGAACUCGAAUUUGGUGUUAUAAGACUGCUGAAGUUUUUACUGUUGGGUACGAGUGAGGCUGGUUUAGGAAAUGAAUUAUUUUAGAUUUUUGGCUCUUUUAAAUGGAGCUAACACAGAGAUGAUCGAGAAAGGUUGAUUAUCAAGUUUUUCUUUGUCCCUUUUGUGAUUAUAAUAUCGCCUAAAUUAAUUUGAAUAUUAAUUUAAUGGUGUCGUUAUGUUUUCGGUGUAUCUAUUAAACGUGUAACGAUUUGGAAGAAUAAAAGUUGUAUUUGUUUGCCGUGCAGUAAACAAACACAAAAUUUCGUAGGAACUUAAUGUAUAUUGCAGCGCUCCGUGGACAUGUUUAGAACUAAAAUUUCGAACGCUAAGCGAUAUUUAAGCCACAGACCUCACUUGUCGUAUUUGUUUUGUAUAAUAGCUUGUUUAGAAAUAUAGUUACCAAUGUAAAGAUUUUAUUAUUCCGUUGAAAAUGGUUAACAAUGUUUUUCUAUACAAGUUUUUUUAUAUUUCGCGGCUGACUGAUUUCUGGGCACGAAAAUUAACAAUAAAUAUAUAGGCGUUGGCUUCAUGAAGAUUUAGAAAUAAAUUGUAAUGACAUUUUCUAAAUUAUGAUAAUUUUAGAGAAACGUUAAAAAAUGGUGUUUGGUACCAAGUACCUGUUUGUUUAUAUAAUUUGAUGUGCAUGUUAUGUAUUAAUCGGCAGUUUACAUUAGGAGAAAUCUAAUAAUACGAAAUUAUUCGCGAACUCAAUGCCCCAAACAUUCAUUAAAAAAAAUAGCAGUGAAACAUGUUUGAUUAAGAAGAUUAUUUCUUCUCUUGAUGUAACUGAUCGUAGUAAAUUAGUUGUAUUAGCCGCUGUUAGUUGAA